AUGAAUUCGCUGAUAAGAUCGUUAAAUGAAGAUUCAAGAGAAAAAUUAAUUAAUUAUUAUAAGCUCAACGUUUAUAAUCCAAUUUUCAAAUCAGAUUUUGAAAAACCUAAUAAAGGAUAUAUUCCACAAGAUAUUCCAUCAAAAUUACAUCUUAUAAAUAGAGUUGCUUCAAUUAUUGAAUCAAUUAAGCAAGCUAUAUCUGAUGAUUCAAAAAUAUCCCGCAUUGAUGAGUUAUCCAGCCUUAUAAUUCAAUAUCCAUUUUUAAAGUAUUAUGCAUAUAAGAAUGAUGCGUACACUAUUUUAAAUCAAAUAUGGUUAAAAUCAUCAUCUAGAAAUUUAACUUCUUCAGUAGAUCAAAUAUUUGCUCUAUUAGGCUGUCAUAAGCCAUUACAUAAUGAAGGGAUCUGCAUUUUAAGUAUUGAUGGAGGUGGUUCAAGAGGGCUUUUAUCACUUCACAUUUUGAAAGAAAUACAAAAGUUAUGUAAUCAACCAAUAUAUACCUUGUUUGAUUUCAUUUGUGGAACAAGUACAGGAGCCUUUAUUGCUUCUCUUGUUGGAUUAAAUAGAAAAACAUUAGAUCAAUGUACUGAUUUAUAUAAAGAACUUAGUGCAGAUCUAUUUGAAAGAAAUCGUUUGAUAGGGGCUGGAAAAUUAGUUUGGAGCCAUUCAUAUUAUGACAGUGAUGUACUGGUUAAAGCCUUAAAGAAGCAAUUUCUAGAUAAAUCAAUGAUAUCUACUUCAAAAGAUCUUGAUUCCCCUAAAGUAGCUUUAAUUUCGACUGUAGUUAACACUCCUCUCCCAAAACCUUUCAUAUUUCGGAAUUACGAUUUCCCACUAAACAGCGAAUCACUUUACCCCGGUACAUACGAUGCUACCAUAUGGCAAGCCUGCCAGGCAUCAGCAUCUGCACCCGGUUAUUUUCAGGCAUGCCAGUACGGACCAUAUAUUCUGCAGGAUGGAGGUGUUUUAAUGAACAACCCUGCCCCCAUAGCCGUACACGAAAGCAAACUAAUAUGGCCUGGCGAAAGAGUUCAAUGCAUUGUUUCGCUCGGUAAUGGUAGGUUUAAUCCUUUUGACAAGCCAUCCUCCCCCGACACUUAUAGCAGUCUCAAAUCGAAGCUCAGUAAAAUGGCUCAAUUCAUAGCCGAUACCGAAGGAGCCCAUUCUAUCCUUUCUGACCUGCUACCUUAUAAUUAUUACUAUCGGCUUAACCCUCGAUUGACUAAAGAAUUUCACUUGGACGAAAAAAAUCCAGAUAAUCUUAAAAUCAUCGAAGACGAUGCCGCCAAGUACGUUGAGAGAAAUGCAGCACUUUUUGAAAAAUUGGGGCGAAGAUUGAUGGCUCGAAGAAAAUUCACAUCUGUAGCUAGAGAUGCUAUAAAUCGAUAUAAAUCAAAAUUUUUGAGCUAAUAUUUAUUAUUAGUAUUACAUUUUUGAAAUUAUAUAAUUAUUACAAUAUAAUAUAUACAUUUUUAAAUAUAAGAAACCUAAAUUACAUAUAUAACUAUAUACUAAAUAUUUAUAGUAAAUUGAAUAUAAUGAAUCAUGUUAU